AGGCGGAAAAGCUGUCUGUUUCCGGUUUGCUUUUCUGCGUUGCCAGGAUACGCCGUAGCUCGUGACGUCUUUCCCUAACAACAGUGAAGCACGUCUUAGCAACCGAGGACCGACGAAGACCAAUUUAACAACAUUUACAGGUAAAAAGUACCGGACACGGAACGGUAACGGGUGGAAUUAUCAGGAAAAACCGGCUGUUUGGACUGAAAAAGCGCCGGAAUCUGUGACGUGGUCCUGAUGGAUGAGACGGUGAAACCUGUGAGGGUCCCCCUUCAGAUGUCCACCUACGCAGACAGACACCACCUGUUCCACCUGAUGGAGAUCCUGGUGUCCGGCCUCAUCGUCCAUCGUCCUGAUGAUCCCAUCUCAUGGUUGAUCCAUUUCCUUCAGAGGAGCCGCAUCGACGUUCCCAGGGUUCUGCUGCUCGGUCCUCCUGCUGUGGGUAAACACACUGUAGUCACACAGCUGUGUGCUGAGCUGAGAGCGGUCCAUGUGACCAUGGACAGUUUACUGACGGGCCAAUCAGAGCUGAGCUGUCAGAGUGAGCAGGACUUUCCUGCUGAGCCACUGGUCAAACGGAUCCAACAGAGACUGAGUGAAGUGGACUGUCUGAACCAGGGCUGGGUGUUGGAAGGCAUCCCUCAGACUCGUCUUCAGGCUCUGAGUUUACAACAGGCUGGAGUGUUCCCUGAACACGUCGUUCUUCUGGAGGCUCCUGAUGAUGUUCUGAUGGACAGGAGUCGGGGGAGGCUGGUGGAUCCUCUGACAGGAGACAUCUACCAUCACACCUUCAUCCUGCCGUCUGACCAGACUGUCGCUCAGCGUCUGGAGAAGGGGCGGAGUCUUUCAGAGGCACAGUUAUUGGUCCACCUGCACCGUUACCGCCGUGAGGUGGCAGGUCUGAGCUCCGCCUACAAAGACGUCCUGAAGGUCAUCAACAGUGACCAACCGCAGGCUGACGUCUACCAGCAAGUGCUGUCUUUUGUCCGGACUCGUCAUCGCUCCAGAACUCCCAGAAUCCUCCUGUUGGGUCCACCGGGGUCAGGGAAGAGUCACCUGGCAAGACAGUUGUCUGAGAAAUACAAGAUGGUGGACGUUUGCUGUGGUCGGUUGUUGAGGUCUGCAGCUGCUCAGAGUUCUGCUGUUGGAGACCAGGUCCGACCGUAUGUGGAGGACGGACGACCAGUUCCAGACUCGGUGGUUCUGCAGAUUCUUCAGGACCGUCUGAGCAGAGUGGACUGCAGCUGCAGAGGAUGGGUCCUCCAUGGGUUCCCCUCUGACCUGCAACAGGCCAGGGGUCUGCAGGAGACCCAGCACCAGCCCAACAGGGUCUUCUUCCUGGAGCUGACAGAUGAUGUCUGUGUGGACAGACUCAGCCUCAGAUCCACAGACCCCGUCACCGGACACAGGUUCCACGCUGUGACUCGACCGGCGCCGAGCACCGAUGUCCACGAGCGCCUGCAGACCCACCCGGCGGACCGCAGAGGGGCCGUGACCCUCAGGUUGAACCAGUACCGGGCUAACGACCCAGGACUGAAGUCUGUGUAUCCGGAUGCAGUUCAUAUCGACGCUGAUCAGGAUCCUCACUCUGUGUUCGAGGCUGUGGAGAGCAGAUUAACAACUGACUGAUCACAUGGAAACACCUGGAAACACCUGGGAAAAAAAAACAAAAACCUGAAAACCAAGGCAUCACUGACUCACCUGAAUACAACCUGAGCUCCUCUCCCAUCGCUGGAGUUUGUUCUGAAUUCAGUGAAACACAUAAAAUCAGUUCCAAACCCAAACCGAACCUGUGGUGACUUUUGUGUUCACAUCAGCACAACGACGUUUCAACCAGUUUGGACUGAAAAUGUUGAGUUUCAUCUUUUAGUUUUAAUCGUGUGUGUUUUUACUGUCAAACACCUUCACCUCCACCGUUCUGGACUGAAAAUGGACUUUCACCUCUUUGUUUUAUUCUCUUUGGCAAGAAACA